GCCUCGCUACAAGCUGGGCCAAUCAGAGCCCCCUCGGCCGCGCGGGGGCUGCUGGGAGCUGUAGUCUGGGAGGAUGCAGGCGGCGCUGCGGCAGUGUCUCGGCAGGGUGCAAUGGGCGCUCCGCGUUUCCGAGGCGGCCCCGCGGUCUCGCUGCGCCGGGCCCGGUUCUCCCCGGGGCUCGCGAUGCUGGAGUUGCGGCAGCCCCCUCCCCGGUGCUGAGGGGCUACCUCACUUCUGUCCCGGCUGCCAGGCCCUGCAGCCGCCGGGGCCUCGGCCUGACCUCUUCCGCCUGAUGGACUGUGACCGCUCCUUCCGCAUCGACGCGCAGCAGCUGCAGCGGCGGUUCCGGAGCCUGCAGCGCGCCGUUCACCCCGAUCGCUUCGGCCAGAGGCCGCCGAAAGAACAGUACUACUCUGAGCAACACUCUUCCUUGAUUAACAAGGCCUACCAAACCCUCCUGAACCCUUUGAGCCGUGGCCUCUAUCUACUGGAGCUGAAUGGAGUAGAGCCAGCACAAGAGACAGACUGUGAUGCAGACUCAGUGUUUCUCACAGAAAUCAUGGAAAUAAAUGAGAAAUUAGCAGAGCCUAAAAAUGAGGAUAUCCUUAAAGAAAUUGAAACUUUAAUUAAAGUUAAACAAGAACAACUGACCAAAGACGUGACUGCAGCUUUUGAAAGAGAUGAUCUUCAAGAAGCUAAGAAGCUUCUAGCCAAAAUGAAAUAUUUUGCAAACUUAGAGGAUAAACUAAAGAACAAGAAGAUGCCUUCCUGAUACUGCCUCUGCCAUUAAGACUUAAUGUUAUUUUCAAUUAAAUAGCUGAUUUAGUUACCAAAGUCAGAAAAAUGGUGUUUGCUUCCUAUGUUUUCAUUAAAAGCUUGAAUUCUCAGAGAAAGAAGAUAAACAUAAAAGAAGUCCAGUGCUUACUGUAGCACUUACUAAGUAACAGGUGGAAACAGGAAAUGCUUACACCCAAGAAAAGCUGAAAUAGGUAAAGCAGGACUCCUGUCCUAGCAGUUACAGGUAUGGAAAGAAGUAUCAGAGGGACACACAACACUGUAUGUAAUUAAGAUUUCUUACGUUUUGACUACCAAAACAUGAAGAGUUUAUUUUAAGUUGAGUCCUGGACAAAAUGUCGGAGAUCAAACAGAAAGCUCAUUCAAUAGGUCCUUCAAGCUCUCUGUAGUCUGCUUGUGUGUGUUCUGUCAGACCACCUUGAAAAAUCUUUAAAGGUGAAAUUAUUUAAUUCCUAUAAUCUGUCCUCUGCUACUUAGUGCUUUUUGUGAUGUUGAUCUCUGUCUGCUGGGAACUCGCCUUCAAAACUAGAAGAGGUUUUAUCCUGUUGCAAAAUUUAAAAUGUUAAGAUGCUAGA